AUGUCUUCUUUCGACAACUACUUACAAGUGCUUAAAUCACUUAUUUUUGAAGAGGAACGUGUUGUUUCUUACAAAUGCCUUGGCCAGCACCUUGGAGUACACUUGAACAUUGCUAAGCAAAUACUUUUGGAGUUUGCGAAUACACAGUCAGCUUCUGAAAAAGGAGUUCGCACAACUUUUUAUCUCUCUGGAAUAACCCAAGAUAAUCAGUCACUUGUUACCAUCGUGCCCCAAGAAGAACUCGAAUCCACAAAAAGUGCAUUUAAAUCUCUGUCAAGUGUUCAUGUACACAGCAUUCAGAAUUCAUCUUCUGUUGUUCCCACAAAUCGUGAAUUUCGAAGAUUAACAGCAAACGAUCCAAUAACAAUAAAACCAAUUAUUAUUAAUAAAAACAUCACAGUCAAAGAAUCUCCAAAAAAAAAUAUUACAGAGCCUUCUCGUUCGAUUAACGCUACUACUUCUGCCACUACUAAGCAACAGUCAUCAACACAAUCGAAAAUUCAGAAUAAAAGUAACUCACAACGACAAGCGCAACAUGCUGAGAAUUCUCCAAUGUCAAUAUCAUCUUCAUCUUCAAAGACUUCGAAUGGCAAAAAAUCACUCAGUAUUAAAAAAGUUAACGGAAAAACAUCAUCGAAGAUUAAUGCAAAUACUACAAAGAUUGCCCCGAGAACCACUGGAAAAAGGUCAAAACAAUCGGUUGAUGAUAGUAAACGUGCUGGUAGAAUGCCACCAAAGAAAAGGAUUAUCGUGGAGAUAUCAGAACAGCAUAUCACAACACCACAAGAACCAACUCAGAAUCGUCGACGUGCAAAACGAAAAGUUGCCAAACACAUAACAUCAACAAAUUCUCGUGGAUAUGACGUUGUUGAGAAUGUUUAUGAAUGGGAAUCUUAUUCUGAUGAUGAUCUUGAAAAACCACAACCCACUUAUAUACCGAAAUCUCAAAUAACAACAAAGUUGCAACAGCAGCAGUCUGAAAAACAUCAUAUUGAAAAUACAGAAAAGCCAAAAAAGAAUAGCAAAAAGAAAAAUAAUGUGAUACCGGGACAAUCGAAAUUGUCGGCCUUCUGGAAAUGA